AUGGGGUCUAUCAGCAUGACGCCCGUGCCACGCGUUGCCAUCAUCGGCGCUGGUAUCGUCGGCACAAAUCUCGCCGACGAGCUUGUCUCGCGUGGUUGGACCGACAUCACCGUCAUCGAGCAGGGACCACUGGACAUGCCUGGCGGGUCGACAUCCCAUGCCCCAGGCCUGGUGUUCCAGACUAACCCCUCCAAGACAAUGACUCAAUUCGCCCGGUAUACGGUGGACAAACUGCUGUCGCUGCAGGAGGACGGCCAGAGCUGCUUCAACCAGGUGGGCGGCUUGGAGAUCGCGACGACGCCGGCGCGAAUCGAGGAGCUCAAGCGCAAGCACGGCUGGGCCGAGUCUUGGGGUGUUGAAACCCGCCUCCUCAAUGCCGACGAGUGUCUCGAACGCUACCCUCUGUUGAACAAGGAUCUCGUGCUUGGUGGCCUGUUCAUCCCGACUGACGGGCUGGCGCUGGCCGCCCGCGCCGUCCAGCUGCUUAUCGCGCGCACCCGCAAGGCUGGCGUUCGUUAUCUGGGCUCCACUCAAGUCACUGGCAUCGAGCAGGCAAAUGACCGCGUCACCGGCGUGGUGACUUCAGAGGGAGUGAUCCCUGCGGACAUUGUCGUCUCUUGCGCGGGUUUUUGGGGCGUCGAGGUCGGAGCCAUGGUCGGCCUCUCGAUCCCCUUGCUGCCGCUGGCGCACCAGUACGCAAAGACCACGCCCGUGCCGGCACAAGCAGGUCGCAAUCCUCAGCCUAAUGGAGCGAAUCUCCCCAUCUUGCGUUACCAGGACCAGGACCUCUAUUACCGAGAACAUGGCGAACAGUAUGGCAUUGGCUCGUAUGCGCACCGCCCGAUCCCUGUCGUGGCCUCGACAUUGCCGAUAGCCUCGAAGAAUGUCGAUGAGAAGAACAUGCCCUCCCGCCUGGAAUUUACGCCGGAAGACUUCAAACAAGUGUGGGAUUUAUCCAGAGAGCUCUUACCUGCGUUGAAGGAAAGCGAGAUUGCAGAUGGUUUCAACGGCAUCUUCUCCUUCACCCCUGACGGGGGCCCUCUCGUCGGACAGUCGCCUACUCUGGACGGCUUCUAUGUGGCAGAGGCAGUGUGGGUAACACACUCUGCUGGAGUGGCGCGCGCGGUGGCUGAAAUCCUAACGACGGGGCGAUCUGAGGUUGACCUGGCAGAGUGCGACCUGGGCCGCUUCGAAGAGGUCCAACUCACCCCAGCCUAUGUCAAGGAGACGUCACAGCAGAAUUUUGUGGAGGUCUACGACAUCAUUCACCCCUUGCAGCCGCGCGAAUCUCCCCGCAAUCUGCGAGUCAGUCCGUUUUACGCUCGGCAGCGGGAGCUGGGCGCAUUUUUCCUCGAGGCCGGAGCGUGGGAGCGCCCUUUCUGGUAUGAGUCGAAUGCUAAGCUGCUCGACCAGCUGCCGCCGGAGUGGAAGCCUGUCGAGCGCGAUCCCUGGUCCGCCCGUUACUACUCGCCCAUCGCUGCUGUAGAGGCCUGGAAGACACGAACCGCGGUGGCUAUGUACGACAUGACGCCGCUGCGUCGGCUGGAGGUCGUGGGACCUGGGGCGGUUGACCUCCUCCAGCGACUCACCACGGGAGAUGUGUCGAAGAAACCGGGCGCUGUCACGUACACGCUCCUUCUCGACAGCUCCGGCGGCAUCCGAAGCGACAUCACCGUGGCCCGUCUUGCGGACGACCUCUUCCAGGUGGGCGUCAAUGGGCGGGUGGACCUGAUCUAUUUCUCGCGUGAGGCGCGGCGGCAGUCGCAGCACGACCCGAGCAGAUGGGCGCACGUGCGCGAAAUCACCGGCGGCACAUGCUGCGUAGGGCUCUGGGGCCCGAGGGCGCGGGACGUGAUCAGCACGGUCAGCAGCGACGAUUUCAGCAAUAAGGGCCUGCGGUACUUCCGCGUCAAGCGGGCCAGCGUCGCGGGCAUCCCCGUGGUUGCGAUGCGGCUGUCGUACGUCGGCGAGCUGGGCUGGGAGAUCUACGCCAGCGCCGACAACGGCCAGCGGCUCUGGGACGCCCUGUGGCAGGCUGGGCAGGCUCAUGGGGUAGUGGCCGCGGGCCGCACAGCCUUCAACGCGCUGCGGCUCGAGAAGGGCUACCGGUCAUGGGGCACCGACAUGACCACCGAGCACGACCCGUACGAAGCCGGCGUCGAUUUCGCCGUCAAGAUCGGUAAGCCAGGAGGGUUCGUGGGCCAGGCCGCGCUCGAGGGCCGGUCCAAGCAAACAGCACGCCGCCUCCUGCGCUGCCUUACCGUCGACGACGGCCGCUCUGUCGUCCUGGGCAAGGAGCCCGUCUACCACGACGGCCAGCCCGUCGGCUACGUCACCAGCGCCGCCUUCGCAUACACCCUUGGCAAGCCCAUCGCCUAUGCCUGGCUGCCCAGCACCGUCGCCGAGGGCAACUCCGUCGAUAUCGAGUACUUUGGCACCCGCAUCCGCGCCACCGUCACCCCGGAGCCGCUGUAUGAUCCGUCGAUGAGCCGACUGCGUGGUUGA